AUGUCAUGCCGCCCCUGUCAUCUUGCCACACUCCCGAGAUCACUCAACAGCCUAUGGCAGCUUGUCCCUCCCUCUGCAAGCUCCUCCUCCUCGCCAGUGAUUGGCCACCGGCACUGUAGCUCAGGAAAAGGCACACACGCAGCCAAUGACUGGCGAGGAGACAGAGCUUGGAGAGUAGGAGCUGAGCAGCAGCACGAAGAUCAAAGAAGACCUUGACAGGGAGCAGCCGGUGCAAGUCAAGAGGAGAGCGGCCGGAGAAGGAAGACAGCUGACUGGUAAGUGUCUGUGCCGUGCAGAUGGUGCUGCUGCUGCAGCCAGGUAUGCUGGCUGUGGAUGGGAGAGGGAGGGAGCGAGUUCAGGCUGGAGCAGGGGUCAGCAAGGUAACUAUCAUUGGUGUCAGUGGGAGGAAUAG